AUGGGAGGAGCAUCAUCAGUAUCUAAUAAUAAUCUAUCAAAAUUAAUUACCUUCUACAAUAUAGAUUUACCUUCAUCUUAAUCAUAAUAAAGUAUGCGAAUUACUGAAUAGACUACUAUUAAUCAUAUUAUUACAUACAUUAAAGAAAAACAAGGAGUUUAAAAUUUAACUUUAUAUUAUGACUAAUUCCGAAUAGAUGACAACUCAUUUUUACUAUAUGAAUGCCUUGAUAUAUUGCCAACCAGAGUUUUUGGUUAUAGAAUUAAUUAGUAAGAAUAAAUUAAUAAAUAAAACACAUAAGUAGUAUAAAAUGACAAAAAAUAAAAUCAAAUUAAUAAUCAACCAUCUCAAUCUCAAACAGUAUCAAAUCAAAAAAAUAUAUAAAAUCAAUCAGCAAUUCAUCCUACAUCUGAAAUAAACUAAUAAAUCAAAACCUCUUAGAAGAAUAAUAGUAAUAAUGAACAAAAAUAUAAUUCUGUGAUAGUAGUUAAGAGUUAAAAAAAUCCAGAUGUUGAAAAGCCAAUUGAGAAUUCAAAAUCAUAUUAAGGAGAUAAUUUGAUAUAAGAGUAAAAUUAAAUUCUAAACUAUUUAUUGAAAUAAGCUAUAUGCAAAUAUUAAAAAAUAAAAGUAGAUUAUGAUAAAAUUUAAUAAGAUUAUAUCUAAUUAAAAUAAAAUUAUGAUAGAUUAUAAUAAGAUAAUAAUUAUUUAAAAUAAUGUUAAGAAAUAUAAGAAAAAAAAUAUGAAUUAAAAUAAAAACCUGAUAAAAUGUAAUAAUAAAAUAAUUAAAUCAAAUCACAAAUUUUAUAAUCUGAUUCUAAUGAUAAAAAUACGGAAAUUUAGUAAAAAUCAUCUAUUACAAAAUAUGAAAAUGUUAAUUUGAAUACGUAAAUUGAUAUAUCAAAAUAAUCAAAUUUUUAAGAACCUUCAUAAAAUGAAAUAUAAUAAAACUAAUCUAUUAACAACAACUAAAGAAAAUUGAAAAAUUAAUGUGGACAUUUUUUAGAUGAACAAAGAGUUUGUGAUAUAAUAAAAGAUGCUUUUGUAAGUAAAAAUAUUGCUAAAUGUGAUUAAUGCGGAUCAAAAUUAUCAGGUAGUAUUUUGAACUAGAUGGACUCUAUAGGUAAAGCUUAUAAAGAGUCUUAGUUUAAUGUAGAAAUCAAUUAAUUAAUGAUAAAUCUUAAAUCAUAAAAAAAAUAUCUUAUUAAAUAAUGUUCAUCAAAUUUAUGUUAAUUUUAUUGCAUUUUUGACGAGAAGUAUAAUAAAUCUUAAAAUUAUUAUUGUCCCUAAUGUUUGAAUAGCGGCACGAUGAAAAUCAAUUGA